AUGCCGUUGUUCGAGAGGGAGUCGGCCACUGCCUUUGCGCGCGAGCUGAGCAGACAGGACGAGCCAAAUGCAUAUGUGAGCUUGACGUAUGAUGCGCUCGACGCAACGGCGCAGAUGGCUAGAGUCAAGAGUGCCAAGGCAGGAGCGGUCGUCUUGUUUGCAGGUACUACCCGCGACUCGUUCGACGCAAAGCCCGUAACCCAUCUUUCCUACUGUGCCUACACUCCUCUUGCCCUCAAGACCUUAUCUCACAUAGCUCGCACUCUACUCCAAAAGCACUCCCUGACCUCUAUCGCUAUCACCCACCGCCUUGGACCUGUGCAAAUUGGAGAAGAAAGCAUUCUGAUCGCAGUUUCGUCACCCCACCGUCAGGCAGCGUGGAAAGCUGGAGAAGAGUGCCUGGAAGAAGUGAAGAAGAAGGUCGAAAUUUGGAAGGAGGAGUGGUUCGAGGAUGGCGGCAUGUGGAGGAGUAAUCGAGAUGCGGAGGCAGGUGUGCCGGUUAAGCCUGUACAGAGAGAGACGAUGGGGAGUGGGAGUUCAUCUUCGAGAAAAGGGAGGGAGGUAGAUGGUCCGAGUAGCGGGAGGAGACCAAGUCAAGCUGAGGGAAGCGGCAGGAGGCCGAGUGAGGGGAAAAGAAGAACUAGCGAGGUGAAAAGGUAA